UAGCCUUUUGAGUGAUGUAGAAGGAUCAAGCCCUAUAUCUCUGCAGUGUGUUUUUGCAGUAUAUCCAGCACCCGGAGGUGGCUGAAAUAACCACUGUCCUCAGAAGACUGAUUUUUAAGAACAAAGAGGACUCUACCCACUGGAGCCCAAGCAGACUCCCAUCCACCAUGGCUGCCAUCCGGCUUCGAGAAUUUAUUGACCGCCGCCCAGUGAUCCUAUCUAGUGUAUUCAUCGCUCAUCAAGGAAAGGACAUCCAAGGAUAUUACCCCGGGCAGCUGGCAAGAGUCCACUUUGAUUCUAGUGUGAAGAGACCUCCCAGACCUCUCAUAGACUUGACAAUUCCACCCAAGAGAAAAAGCCAGUAUCAGCCUCAAUUAGACCAACAAACUCUCAUUCGAUACAUUUGUUUUCGAAGACAUUCAAGGCCCGCUGAACCAUGGUAUAAAGAAACCACCUACCAAAGGGACUAUUCUCUGCCAUUUUACAAGAUUGGAAACAUUGAUUAAGCACAGACUCUGUGCAAGACACAGUGUAAGAUGGACAGACUCUAUCCUCAGAGAACCUAGAGCCUGUGAAUAUGAGACGGCCCCUCACACAAAAUUUGCCCAUGUAUUACCCUGGCACCAAAUAAUUAAAAGAACUCAUCCUCUGAAAAUAAAAUAUCUGCUCUUCAUAGCGGUGUGACCCUUAGACUCCCUGACCUUCCGAUUUCUCGUCUGUAAAAAGGAUAAUAAUAGUAUCUACCUAACAGAACAGAGAUAACCAUAUAAGGAAUUUAGCAUUGUGCUUGUACGUAACAUUAAUAGGCCUUCAAAAAAUAUUAGCUAUUAUAUUACCGAUCAAAGAAUAAACACGUGCCAUAAUAAAUGUUUGUAAACAGACAAACAAACAAAAAACCCUAAUGCAACGGGAUUGUGUUUUAUUCUGGGAUCAAGUUCUAAAACCAAUGCCUCAAGUAGUUAUCAUGUAUAAUCGAAGUUAUCCUUGGAAAUCUCUUAAACUGUUCCAAGUGAUACUAUCAAAUGAUACUAAAUUAUUACAGUAGUUGGAAUAAAUGGGAUUCAGGAAGUUGGUUAAAUUGUCUCCGUAGUUCUCACUUAACUCGUUUUAUUUUUCGAUGAUGACUUUGGAAGAAGUCACCCCCACAAAUCCACAUGAACAAGAGUUUCACUUUAUCAAAUGGUAAGGAAGUCCCCCAAAUCAUUUCACAUGUCCUUUCCACAGUAGUCCCACCCCCAAAUCUGCAUAGCGUAUUUCGGGCUUGAUAGCAUCCACUGUCUGUGGGCAUGUUGACUCGGUGAAGCCCCAAAAGUUUGUUGCACGUUCUGGGAAUGUUUAUUGCCCAGUCGAUCCAGUCGAAUGAGUGCGUCAUUCAGCUCCAUGGCUGGUGAGGGAUUCUUCACGCUCCUAAACCGCUUAGACACAGUGUAACCCUCGAGAAGGUCAGAGUUGCUAUUUUAACCCCAUAAGCCUUGGGAAGUUGAAUGGUUACUUAGUUCAGACAGGUACACACUAUUCAAUUAGAUUUAAAGAAUCCUCCAGGGAUGGCAUUUCGAGUCAUACUCCUGGGUUCAAUGAAAUAUUAUCCAUUCUUAAUACCAAGAAAUGUUUGUGUCUUUCAAUGCUGUCGAAGUAAGUGUGGAAGGUGUAAUGGAUCAGUGAAGAGGUCAGGGACUUGCGGGCCAGGUAUUCCUGGGUCAAGUCCCCUCACUAUCCUAUAAACUUGGGCACGUUCAUGAAUCUCUUUGAGAUGGUGACCCCAUCAGUGGGCAUCUGAGGAUUACCGUGGAUAUUAAGGUAAGUAACACAGUGCAUGGCACUACACGUAAUACAGCUGCCUUACAAUGCUAUCGCCAUAACGCCGUGCUCUUUGGUUCACCCAGUGUGGAUGCGAUGGCUGAUGCAUUUAUCCCCAAGCCCUCCGCGAACCCUCAGCUCCAGACAAGCAGAACUGUUAGUGAUUGUAGAUAAGAGGGUAUAAAGUACAGGAACUCCAGUGGGGGUAAAUUGAGGGAUGGUACCAACUGAAGUUUGAUACAAACACACAGAGUGGCCCGUUUCCAGUGUGGGGUUUAUAGGGGUUGGGGGGUCUACAGUUAGGAUGUCAAAAUGCAAACGUAUAUGACUGAUUUAAUUUUAUUUACAUGUGGGCAUAACUCAGUGAGGUGCCUCUUGAUCACAGAAUGAAACGCAGAAAUAACCUUUUGACUAAGUCCUGUUCCCCCACAUCUUUCACAUACAUCCCUUUCUCUUCAAUCCCCCAAAUUAUUUUAUUGCAUACAAUCGUUGUGGACACUAUUUUGGGGCACUUGGUUGGCUCAGUCGGUUGAGUGUCUGACUUCGGCUCAGGUCAUGAUCUCACAGUUCGUGAGUUAGAGCCCCACAUUGGGCUCUGUG